CGUGCAUGUUAAUAGCCAAACUAGACAUUCCACCUGGCCGAAAUGUCUCAAAACUAACUUUAUAGGUGAUAUUUAACUCUCGCUAGGGAUAAGUACGUUGACUGCGUGACUACCUUCCCCUCCUGCUUUGCUUGGUCUUCAGUGCUCUGUUAAGUUCAGCACACAUGAAAGUGAUGAGUGUCACGCUGACCAGAGUCAAGCAUAGUUCAACCCUGGGAGCAAACCAACAAGAAGGUGUUUCAGCCAACCGUACUGCUACAGUCUGGCCUAGAUAGAGAGGCGGUCUCUGACACAGUCAGCUCGCAGGCCUUUAUGGGCUCAUGUUGAUGGUUUAAACAGCAGUGACUGAUAUUCUGCACUAGCUGAAGCUUCUGAGUGGACCUCAAGUGUAACCCCAAGUUGAACAGUUUUAGAGUCCAGCCUGGAGCUGGCAAAGGCAUGACCACCAUGAUGAGGUCACCAGCAGAAAGGAAAAGUCGCGAUCUCUACGUCAGAAUGCAUGUUAAGCCACUGCUGUCACCUGAGAAUUGCAACGAACGGGGUUGGAUUCCAUGAGAUGCUGAGAUUGCAGACUGAAUCCCCAGGCUCUCUUCUUUCAGCUGAGAAAUUUUAGGUGCACCUCUGGAACCCACCAACUCCAUGCCAUAAAUGCUCACAGCAGAUCACUUGAUUUCCCUAUAGCCUUCUUUGCCUUUUCGAGAGACUCAAGUUUGUUGUGCUUACAACACCCCAAUCUCCCUGGGCCCUGGUCUUGUGCCAUAGCAGGAUGGGCUUUUUUUAUAUUUCAUCUCUAGUCUGUACUGGUAGUUGUAAGAGAUGCUCCUGGUCAAUGGCCAGGAAUAACAACAUGCAAAGCAGAGUUAAUUACAUUAGAGCAAUGCAUUCUUUAUAAUGCUUCGGAGAGUGAAUCCUGCUGGGCAGUAAGUGUUUGAGGGAGUCUGCCUGAAGGGAGAACAGUUCAAUUCCAGAGGCAUAUCUGGUGUAGCUGGGCUUGAUCGUUUAAGAGAAUUAACUUUGCAAAUUAGAACCAAGCUCUGCAGGGGCAGCCCAGCCAGUCAGCUGGGGGUAUCUCCUCAGCAUAAAGGCCAUGCUCCUGAAGUUAAAGGUCAGCUGAAUGCCUCUACUCUGCCCACCCCAUGUAGGGACAUACUGGCAAUGGAUUGGGCUGGAGUGCAAUGUGGUCUGGCUAUAGGGUGUCCUGCUGCCUGCAGAAUCCAGGAGGCACAAGGAUAUGCCCAAGCUUCCCUAUUUUAGCUGCCUGCACUCUGAAUUGGGGCCACCACUUGCAAUGAAUUAUUUACUUGAACUGAAUCCUGUGUGUGUGAAUUCAGGGGCAGCAGUGGGGGCAAAGAAACCUAAAAUCUUUUUAAGACUGAGCUUGAUGAAUUUACAGAGAGGAUGAUCUGAUGAGAUUGACUACAAUGGCUUAUAGACCAUCCGUGACUGCUAUUAGCAAAUAUCUCCAAUAGCUGGAGUUGUGACCUUCGAGGGGAGGGCUCCAAGUCACUACAGAGAAUUCUUUCCCAGGUGUCUGGCUCUUGGGUCUUGCCCACAUGCUCAGGGUCUAACUGAUCGCCGUAUCUGGAGUCAGGAAGGAAUUUUCUCCUAGGUCAGAUUGGCAGAGUCCCUGGUGUGUUUUGCCUUCCUCUGCAGUGUGGGGCAGGGGUCAUUUGCUGGUUUGAACUAGAUUAAAUGGUGGAUUCUUUGUAACUUGAAGUCUUUAAAUCAAGAUUUGAGGACUUCAGUAAUGCAGCCAGAGGUUAUGGGCCUAUGACGGGUGGGUGGGUGGGUGAGGUGCUGUGGCCUGCGAUGCGCAGUAGGUCGGACUAGAUGAUCAUGAUGGUCUCUUCUGGCCUUAAAGUCUAUGAGUCUAUGAAUUUUCCCCAACCAAUUUUACUCAUUCAAAAUGGCAAAGGUUAUUCCCACUUCCCAGGGGUGCUGCAAGGCUGAAUUCAUUAGUUCUUGUAAAGUGCUUUGCAGUUCCACAGCCCCUCAGGAUCUCAACAUAUUGUCACUGUUCUUUCAUUGUAUCAAUAUUGUUGGAAAUGAGCGUGUUGCUUGGAAGAGGAAAAGCAGGGAGGAGCAUAUCCAGACAAUGUUUAGAACUAAUACUUUAACAUUAUUGGCUAACUACUGUAGUUAGGUAUUUAGCUAGUUAGAACUUGGAGUGAAAGAUCGCUGAAGAGGCAGACGUUAGAGGCUGCCAUACAUGAAAGGGAACUAACUGUCCACUCUUAAGAUAUUCAUCUGUCUGUUGUAGUGUCCCAUGUGUCAAGUACACAGCCUUCCUGGAGUAGCUGUUGGCCUGAUGAUUGCAUAUGUGAGGGCAAAUAUGACGUAAGUAGGAGAGAGAGAGAUUCCUGUCUUAAUGGCUCUACAAGUAUCCUGGAUGACCAGCUGCUGCCAUAGUGUUCCAAGCAGGGGGAGUCCGACUGAGGUUUGGGACCCUGUUCCUGCUUCCUCUGAAGUCAAUGGCUCAGCUUCCAUUGUGCGCAGCAUGGCAGGAUCGAACACUCAAUGUCCACGUGGUGUAGGGUGACCAGAUAUCCCGAUUUUAUAGGGACAGUCCUGAUUUUGGGGUCUUUCUUAUAUAGGUUUCUAUUACCCUUCACCCCGUCCCGAUUUUUCACAUUUGCUGUCUGGUCACCCUAAUGUGGUGGGCGUUUUCCAACAUAGCAGCCAUGGCCUGCCUAGCGUGGGUCAGAAGUUCUUGAAUGAGUCAGCGUUAGCCAGGCAGAUAGGUUACUCUGCACCUGGGCUGGGUCACUUGUGUUUCCUGGGAUCCUAGGAUGCCAGAGGAGGAUGGUGGAACCAGUUUUUCUGCUCUGGCAGUGGAACUGGGGAGGAGACAGUACAAGAUGACAAGACAGGAACUGCAGAGCUACUGCUACCAACUAGAAACUUGGGAGGCCGCUUGCCUUUUUCACUGCCAGGAAUGGUCUCAUUAACGCUGUAUGCAGAGAGAUUCCAUUAACCCAGAAAAAUAACCAUUCUGGAAGGUGUUAAAACAUUCAGGGCUCAUCCUUAACCUGCAGGUUAAAGGAAAGCAGAAAGGUGUUCUGAAUCGACCUGUGAGAUCCAGGUAGCUGCUGCAGGAUGUCUUCCAUCUUAAAGAUGUUCGGAAGAGAAGACAAGAAGGAUCAGGGAAAAGAGAAGGAGAAAGACAAGAAAGAAGAGAAGGAGAAAGACAAGAAAGACGGAGACAAGAAAGACAAGAAAAAGAAGAAGAAGGAAAAAAAGGGAGAGGGCGAGGAAGGUGACAGCAGCGACAGCAGCAGCAGCUCUGACAGUGAUUCUGAAGAGGGUCACCAUGGCGACAAGAAGAAAAAAGAAAAGGAUAAAGAAUAACUUCUGAGGAGCCAAUGGAGGCCACAUUUGUGUUUCCUGCCUUCGCCCAGGUGCUGGGUAGUGUGAAGGAGAAGGGGAUCAAUUGUGAAAAAAUGCACCUGGUGCUGAGGAUGUUUCAUCCAAAUAAAGUUGUUUUAGUACU